AUGUUUCGUGCAGCUUUAGACCGCUUUGGGAUAUGCACCGCUAUCUUCACGCUGGUUGAAGAUCUUAUUUCGUUGCAGGGCAAAUGGCCUCAGUGGAUACGGCCUCUCAAGACACGGUGGUUCUCUAGACUUCUCAGACCCUUGAUGAAUUUGCCAGACCCAGCAUAUUUCAACCGCGUCGAUGGUUUAGUGGUAAAAUUCUCCGUUGCCAUCCAGCAGCGUCGGGGAGCCGGGGGUUCGAUUCCCCCUCGACGCAUGUCUUUUUGGAUUUUGAGCGGCCGACCCCCACCAUUAUCUAUCUUUUGUCUUGUCAAGGAACAGCUCAUCACGCAGCUUCGUGCAGAUUUUGGCCCUUUCUUUUGUCGAAUCUUCAAGUAA